CGAAUGAUCCGCUCGGAAUUCGCACUGAAUGAGUGGGUGAAUGAGUCCGUGGAUUUUUUUUGGGGGGGGAAGUCUGAGGAUAAAAAUGUGGGAUGUUUGGUGUUUAAAAUGGAUGUGAACGGAACGGGAGUGAAUAAAAGUGAAUCGGUGUGUGAAUGUGACUGAAUACCGGGGAACAGAAGCCCAAACCUGAGCUCUGUGGAGGAUCCAGGCCACACACAGUAAGCCUACUGAGGAUGGGGGGUGGAGGCCAGCUGACGGAGGCAGGAGAGGGACGAGCUGCUGGAGUCUACACCUGGGAGGAGGUGCAGAGUCACUGCAACAGGAAUGACCAGUGGCUGGUUAUCGAUAGAAAGGUUUACAACAUCUCACAGUGGGCCAAAAGACACCCAGGAGGCUUCAGGGUCAUCAGCCACUACGCUGGAGAGGAUGCCACGGAGGCGUUCACUGCUUUUCACCCUGAUGUGAAGUUUGUGCAGAAGUUUCUGAAACCUCUGCAGAUCGGAGUGCUGGCAGCGUCAGAGCCGAGCCAGGACCGGGACAAAAAUGUGGCCAUCACACAGGAUUUCCACAGUUUACGCAUGCAGGCGGAGAGCGAGGGCUUGUUCCGGGCUCAGCCUCUGUUCUUCUGUCUCCACCUGGGUCACAUCCUGCUGCUGGAGGCCCUCGCCUGGCUCAUCAUCUGGCUCUGGGGAACCAGCUGGACGCUGACCCUCCUGUGUUCCAUCUUGCAGGCGACUGCUCAGUCGCAGGCCGGGUGGCUGCAGCACGAUUUUGGCCACCUGUCUGUCUUCAAGAAGUCUAGCUGGAACCACAUGCUGCAAAAGUUUGUCAUUGGCCAUGUAAAGGGGGCGUCUGCAAACUGGUGGAACCACCGGCAUUUCCAGCAUCACGCUAAACCCAACAUCUUCAGCAAGGACCCUGAUGUCAACAUGCUGCACGUCUUUGUGGUUGGAGCAACUCAGCCAGUGGAGUACGGCAUUAAGAAGAUCAAAUACAUGCCCUAUCACCACCAACACCAGUACUUCCUCCUGGUUGGCCCACCGCUUCUUAUUCCCGUCUACUUUCACAUUCAGAUCAUACGCACAAUGAUUUCCCGCCAUGACUGGGGGGAUCUGGCUUGGUCCAUGUCUUUUUACCUUCGCUACCUGUGCUGUUACCUCCCUCUGUACGGCCUGCUGGGCUCUGUGGCGCUCAUCAGCUUUGUUAGGUUUUUGGAGAGUCACUGGUUCGUGUGGGUGACUCAGAUGAAUCACCUGCCGAUGGACAUCGACCACGAGAAGCACCGAGACUGGCUGACCAUGCAGUUACAGGCCACCUGCAAUAUUGAGCAGUCCCGCUUCAAUGACUGGUUCAGUGGACACCUCAACUUCCAAAUCGAACACCAUUUGUUUCCCACAAUGCCGCGGCACAACUACCACAGGGUGGCUCCGCUUGUCCACUCUCUGUGUGAGAAACACGGCAUCCCUUACCAGGUGAAAACAAUGUGGCAGGGCCUCGCUGAUGUUAUCCGGUCACUGAAACACUCAGGAGACCUCUGGCUGGAUGCAUAUCUCCACAAAUGAGUUGGAUUUCCUACACUGCACCUUGAAGGAGCGCUGUUUUCUCCUCUUCAGCAUCAUACACUGAUUGUAUCUGUUUGGUUUUAUAAUGUAAUUAUUGGUGUGAAAGUCAUUUCUUAAUGUAAGAGUACAAUUCAGUCUUUUGGGAUUCUGUGCAGUGUUUUUAGCACUCUCAGGAUUUCUCUACAUCACCUUACAGUGUCUUCAACAACAGUUUGUAUCGUGUUAUAAAUACAUUUGUAAAAACGGUGUUUAAAGUGAUGCUUUUUUUCUUUUUCUUUAUUUCAAAUGAAACUCACUUUAAAAGAAUACAACAUGACAAUUACACGUCAUUUGAUUUGCAUCUGUAAACUUAACCUGCUGCUCUUGUUUUGAUCUUACAGAGUACAUUAAAGGAAUUUACUGAUUGUAUUUGUUUUCCACCUCUGGACUAAUAAAUCCACCGACAAACACAAGACAAAUAUACAAACAAAACAGAUGUGAUUUCAAAGAUUGACCCAGCUUGUUUUUUUUUUAAAUUGUAUUCUUUUUUUAAUGUGUGCCCCAUGAUAUUUACAACCCCCCACAAAUAUUUGUCAAAACUUUCAUUUAAGUAUUCGUACAUGAACAACACACUCUCAUUUGCUUGUUAUUACUCGUGUGUGUGCGUGCGUGUGUGUGUGUGUGUGUGAGAGAGAGUGCAGUUUACACAUAACAUAUCAUGCUGCUUAAGAACACAUUACUGAUAGUACCUCACUAAUAUUGACAAUAACUUCAUGAAGGAUUAUGACAUUGUCUAUGUGCUGCAAGCUCGCCCAAAUCCUGAAUAUAAGCAACAACUCGUUCUGUAGAAUCACUAUAGAGCGUGCUCUAUUUUGUGUUUUAACUGUACACAGUAAUAUGAACAUUAUUGGCUAUAUAUCAGAAAAUGUGUCACAAAUUCUGGCACAUAUUUAAAUUGAAAAAGAAAAGAUCUACAAAUCAUUCAGUAGAUAGCUGCAAUAUGGACAAUAAGCAUAACCAUGGACUGUUCUUGUACAUAUUGGUACGUCCAUUACGUCCACACAUUCACACACACACACAAAUACUGUACAUUAUGCAUAUGGACAUCAUUUCAUACGACAGAAUUUCACGAGGCUAA